UUUCUUAGGCUUACUCAUUGUAAUUUGUUUGUGAUGGUUGGUGAACAGAGUGAAGAAGAACUGCAGAGGCAGAAGGCAAUUGAUGAUUGGCUUCCAAUUACUUCUUCAAGGAAUGCAAAAUGGUGGUACUCUGCUUUCCACAAUGUGACUGCAAUGGUUGGGGCUGGUGUUCUUAGUCUCCCCUAUGCCAUGUCUGAGCUAGGAUGGGGUCCUGGUGUAACUGUACUUGUUCUCUCAUGGAUCAUCACCCUUUACACUCUGUGGCAAAUGGUUGAAAUGCAUGAGAUGGUUCCUGGUAAACGUUUUGACAGAUACCAUGAACUAGGACAGUAUGCUUUUGGGGAAAAGCUAGGACUUUAUAUUGUGGUGCCUCAACAACUUGUGGUUGAAGUUGGAGUGAAUAUUGUGUAUAUGGUCACUGGGGGUAAAUCCUUGCAGAAGUUCCAUAACACUGUGUGUGACAAUUGCAAAAAGAUCAAGUUGACAUUUUUCAUUAUGAUCUUUGCCUCUGUUCACUUUGUAUUGUCUCACCUUCCCAACUUCAACUCCAUUUCUGGUGUAUCUUUGGCAGCAGCAGUUAUGUCCCUCAGUUACUCUACAAUUGCUUGGGCAGCUUCUGCUCACAAGGGUGUUCAAGAAGAUGUACAAUAUGGUUACAAAGCUAAGAGUACAGCGGGAACAGUGUUUAACUUCUUUAGUGCCCUUGGUGAUGUUGCUUUUGCCUACGCUGGACACAAUGUGGUGUUGGAAAUCCAGGCAACAAUUCCGUCUACUCCAGAGAAACCAUCCAAGGGUCCUAUGUGGAAAGGAGUGAUUGUUGCUUACAUAGUUGUGGCUCUGUGCUACUUCCCAGUUGCCCUUAUUGGUUACUGGAUGUUUGGAAAUGGGGUUCAAGACAACAUUCUCAUAAGUCUAGAGAAACCAAAAUGGCUCAUCGCAAUUGCCAACAUGUUUGUUGUGAUACAUGUUAUUGGAAGUUAUCAGAUUUAUGCAAUGCCAGUGUUCGAUAUGAUCGAAACAGUGUUGGUGAAGAAGUUGAAAUUCAAACCCAGUCGAAUGCUUCGUUUUAUUGUACGGAAUUUGUAUGUGGCAUUAACAAUGUUCAUUGGUAUUAUCUUCCCAUUCUUUGGUGGUCUCUUAGUUUUUGGAGGAUUUGCUUUUGCACCAACGACAUAUUUUCUCCCUUGUGUCAUGUGGCUUGCAAUCUACAAACCAAAGAGAUUCGGGUUGUCUUGGUGGACCAACUGGAUAUGCAUUGUGUUUGGCCUUUUCUUGAUGAUUCUAUCUCCAAUUGGAGGAUUGAGGUCGAUCAUAAUCAGUGCCAAGAGCUACGAGUUUUUCUCAUAAUCUCGUUCCUCGCUG